AUGCAAAUCGUGCCUUCUUCUCGUGAUCGGAACUCUCUUCCGGUCAGUUUUUGGAAAGGAACACGUUUCAAGGUGUGCUCUUCCUUCAGAAAACUACGCCAACUUCCGUGAUUCUGCCGACGAUUCCAUCGAAAGAGGCGAGUUCGCAGUCGGGCUGGGACUACUGGAGCCGAGUCUACUCGUCCGACGAGCCGUUCUCCUCCUCCUCCUCCUCGACCUCGUCUGGCCCCGGUCCGCAACCGCCGCACCGUGACAUCCGCAUCUCGGACAUGCUCCAAUCGGAGACUCUGGUCCGUGCCAAACUGCUCUUUCUCAACGUGCCCGGCCUUCCGAUCGCUCACAAAAACAUCAUCCGCAACCUGGUGCGUCGCGAGCUCCGCGAAGACAUCUCGAUGCAGGACGUGAUCGUCGCGCCCGGCAAGUGGUUCCUCAACUUUUACCGGCCGGAAGACGCGCUCCGCGUGCUCAAACUCUUCAACGGCUACGCGUACCGCAACCACUCGCUCGUCGUCCGAUUCUGCUAUCCGGACGGCACGUACGGCGACGAGAGUGCGCUCGCCGCGCUCGUCGAGUGCUCCAAAGCGGCCAAGGGACACAUGUUCGAGCAGAAGGAGAUUGUGCAGGAUGUGAGUGUGAUUGGAGCAACUGAUUCGAGCACACGGUUUGCAGAGCCUCUCGUCGGACUGCUGGACGUGGGCCGAGUACCAGGCGGUGCACAAGUUCGAGCGGGAGAUUGUGAAACUGCUGCAGUCGCACGCCUACUUGCCCUACCACAACGUGCUCCAAUCCAUGAGGACCAUGUUCGCGGGCACUCGAAAGUGAGUCACAAGUUGCUAAACUUUCCGGUUUCUUCAUCACUAUUUGUUCGCCGAGAAUGCUGUUUUGUCGAUCUUAUAGGUAGGUACCGCGACGGGUUUCGCAAAACUCCGAAUUUCCAUAAAAUUUUUGUUGGAAUGUGUUCCCCUGCUCUAUAUGAGUACACUCCCAAUUUUUUCUUCAAAAAUUUUCGGUACAUCCCGAGUUAUACCCCUUCAACGUUGCCCUGUUUUAUCCGCGGACGGCGCCCGAGGAGUCUCUCGGCAGGCGAUUCUUGUCGUUGUUUGGUGAAUGACAUCAAAGAGGCAACACAUAAAAUGAACAGAAAUGAUGUCCAAAGAAAGCAAAACAACUUUCGAGCUCAAAAGUUUUGAACUCGACACCUCCAGACUGCCGUGUGAGCACUCUGCCACUGCGCCACCGGGCGGGGGCGCGGCGAACCCCAAUGGCAAUGAGAUGCUCGGUGUUCGCCAUUCAUUUUUGAUGCGACUUUUGCGGAAUUUCAGCGCAAAAAUGUGAAAAUUUGAUGAUGUUUGCCGGGCUGAAAUUUUGAAUAAAUAGAUCGUUUUUGUAGAGAAUUUCACGCUGAACCCGAUUCAGUGGAGAAAAGCCGCGUGUUGGCUGUUUCCCACCUUCAAAUCAUCGAAAAACAAGAAAUUCGGCCGAAUGGGGUCUACUCAAUCGAACACAAAAAUGCUCCUAAAGGGUCUAGAGCUCUGAAAUUUUAUAUUUGGGUUCUCAGAGAGUUUAUCUACGCAUUGCAAACAUAAAAAAAGUGAGGUCAUUGCUGAAAAUUGUUCGCAAACUUUUUUGACACUUUGACGGUCUGAAAAACAACAAUCUAGUUUGCAUAUUUUGCAGCUGUCCCGGUUCUCUGCUCAUCUCGGAAUCGCUGUCCGUCUGGCCGACGGGCUUCAUCCGCAUGUUCAGUCGGUGCGUGAAGGUGGUGGCGAACACGAUGUGCCUGUCGACGAGUCCCUACUACACCCAACGCAUUCACGAUUCGGCGAUGCAGGGCGGAUGCUCCGUGCACCGCAACUCGUGGGAACCGUUCGUUCCCGAGGACAUUCGUUGCGACGUGCAGCUGAGACAGUACGCCCACGCAUUCCUCACUCACUUUGGUCCCCAGCACCUUGAGGUCAGUCACACUCGUUUCAAUCAAUACAGUAACCCCCCCUGUUCCUCCCUCUCAGAUCGACGCUCCGAUCCGUCUGCUGGCCCAAUGCCUGCGUGGCACUUGGCCCAAAACGGGCCGUUCCCUGGCGGUCCUCUUCACCGAAAUCUCUCUCGAGUUCGUGAUCAUCAACUCAGUGCUCUACUUGUCCGCAUGCGAGAAUCAUCGCGACAAGAUCAUCGACAACCUGGCCGCCUUCCAGGACGACUGCUCCGACGUCUACUACCUCCCGCUCAGCUGCGUUUCCAAAGAGCAAAAGGUGAAAGUGGUCGACUACGAGGACCUGUGA